AUGUCUCAAGAGAUCAUCAGUCAGGUUUCUUCGUAUUUAACAUCCAACGUUCCUGUUAUACCAAUUUCUCAGGGAGCAGAAGCCGUUGUUUUCACCACUACAAUUCAUCCUUAUGCACCUUCGAACAACAAUACAGAUGAAUCAAUCAAAUACAUCCUAAAGUACAGACCUCCCAAGAAAUACAGACACCCAUCUAUAGAUAAGGCGUUAACAAAACACCGGACGCUGAGUGAGUCCAGGAUUUUGGCCAAAUUGUCGCAAAUUUCGGGUCUUCACGUACCCAAACUCAUCGCAUGCGACGUCUACAACGGGUGCAUAUGGAUAGAAUUUCUGGGCGAAGAAUUGCCCAACGGGAGUGGUUUCAGCAGUUUGAAGAAUUACUUGUGGAUGUGUGUAUUGGAUCCAUACAGCAAAAUGGUGGAAGAUACUCUGGUGAAGGUAGGUUAUCAAAUUGGACUUCUGCAUUGGAAUGACUAUUGCCAUGGGGAUCUCACAACUUCUAACGUUGUUCUACAGAAUAGUGGCACACAUUGGGAACCGUAUUUGAUUGAUUUCGGAUUGGGAUCGGCUUCGACGCUCGUUGAGGAUAAAGGCGUUGACUUAUAUGUUCUCGAAAGAGCUGUAAACAGCACGCAUUCGCGAUACGCAGAAAAGUACAGCCAAUGGUUGAUGCAGGGAUACAAAGAAGUUUAUGAGAAGCAGAGUAAAAAGGGACAGAACAAAUUGCGAGAUGUUCUAAAAAGGUUCGAGGAAGUGAGAUUGAGAGGAAGAAAAAGGAGCAUGCUGGGCUAA